UUUUCAUCAUUCUUGUUUGGAUUUUCGGCCUGUAAACAUCGAAAUUUGUUGGUCGUCUUGAGUUAUUUCUUUGUUCGGUUCAAAAACUUUACGGAAGCAUCAUGUGUUGUGGACCCCUCGGAUUCUGUGGACCCUGUAGCCCGUGUGGUGGCCCUUGCGGUCCCUGUGGACCUUGCGGACCUUGCGGGUCGUGCUGCGCCCCUUGUGGACCUUGCUGCGGACCCUGUGGACCUUGUUGUGGGCCUUGUGGACCGUGCGGUCCUUGCUGCGGUCCCUGUGGACCAUGUUGCGGGCCUUGUGGACCGUGCGGCCCUUGCUGCGGUCCCUGUGGACCAUGCUGAGGGAGUUGAACUCCAACAUGUACAACAUCUACUUCCUGUGAACCACUAAGAGUAACUUAAGACAGACGCAGGGCAAACUCAUCUCUAAGCGUGGACCAACACAAUAAAAAAUUGAGCGAA